UGUAUUGCUAUAGUGGAGGAAGGCCCGAAAGGCAAGCGUUAUUUACUGCGAUUUUUCAGGUACUGAGUGGAUGUAAAGGAACGGUGAGACACACGCUGGAAGGUGAAAUGGGAAAGACUUUAAUCCUUCUAUACCCUGACAUCAGUGCGCAUAUUCUCUAUAUUAUCCUUCCUUCAUUACCGGGACAAGCACUAGCAUUGCUGUAGCUGUUCGUACUUUGUCGUAAUGCUUCCAGCUGCAUGAUUUCCGCUGUCCACUUGGUUGAGUCUUCACAAAUCAUUUCACGCUCAUUUCGACAGGACUUUUCUUCAUGGUGAUCGAGAAAGUAAGGUACGGCAGUCAAAGCGCUCAACAUCUCAUGCGAAUUACACUGCUUGCACCCUCUUACAGUGGACACGUCUAGCUGAAGAAAGGUGUAAGUGCAGUGUGGGUUGAUUUGUUCCAAAAUUGAAUUUAUUCCACGAACCGCCCAUCUGGAUGACAGUUUUCAUUGUGCCGUUAUCUAACUGGACGGUGUGAACUAUCAGUUAAAGUGAAAGUAGAACUCCAAACACGAGAUUGUUUAAUAAAAGGAAAUAUGAACAACAAAAGUGAACUAUUACUAAAUAGAGAUUAGUUGUAAUGUUUUGAUCUCUUAUGAUGUUCAGAAGAAUGUUAUAUGGAGAUAUAUUUAGCAAUGUUUCGUGACGAUUGCUACAGAGAAUGUGCUAAUAAAGGCAAAUUUACACAUCAUCGGGCAACGAGGAAAAUUUAAAUAUUGAUUGUUCGUCUCGCGUAAGUGUAAGUUGUAAACAGACAGUGGAAGCCUAUUUGUAAUCUCCGAGGCUUGGCCUAAUUGAAAAGGGUAUCGGCAAAGUUUUCAAUUCUCCUCAGAAUAGCAAAUGACAAACAGUAAGGAAAUACAUGACGAAAUGAUAAAAAUGAAAAUGAAAGUCCAUCGGUCAAGACGCUACGUAAGUCCCUUGCGUGCUGAUGUCACUCUUUAAUUACCUCAUUCAUUCGAGCGAAGUCCAGUACAUGAUUAAUACAGAUUCAUUUUGCUGGCGUUACUCUAGUUAUCCAGGCCGUUUUUAACCGACAGAAGUGGUCAAAAAACGAGAAUGGUAACUUUUUAAAUGGAUCUUGAAAAUCCCAAUCGUCCCCAGACCGCUCUGAAGCUAGAUGAAAAACAGAAGCAAACCGUACGAGCUCUCAGGCGACAAAUUUCUUCUCAUUCCACAAGAAGCACGGAAAUAGAUGGCGACCACUUCGCGAAGUUAAGCGAGGAGGAAAUUAUUCUCCUUCGCAAGAUUGUUGAAACAUUCACAAGUAAUCAAAGGGAUGCUGAACUUACCGGGGAUGAAGUCGACGGCAAAGGUAGAAAAGUAGAUAGAAACUGGUCGAUAGAAAGUUAUCUUUCCGGAUCCUCUAAUCGGGGAAGCGGAACUUUCGUGAAUCCUGGUCGCUUUUAUGUUCGAGUUACACAAGAAAAUGUCAAAGCUGUGGAGCAAGUGUGUAUCGAAAUAGACAACGAGGAAUCCAAAAAUAAGCCUACCACAAAUGGUUAUGGGAAUUUAAGCGGCAGACAUUCAUUUGACAACAAAAUCGAAAGUAAAUACAAAUGUUAUUAUGGAUACUCUGUCGCUGUGACGAAGCAAAGUCACGAGGCGAUUGUAGUCAGAAAUUCUUACGUGACAGGUGCGUUACCGGAAGGCGUCACGAAUGGAACGAAACUCAGUUUCACCGAUAGACCCUCUUGGAAUAAAGCUAGUGGACUUAAACAUUUACCACCAAGAGAACGCUUUAAACUAGCGGUACAUUUAGUGAUGGAUAAUUUGAAGAUGCGGCCUAGAAAAAUGGACAAAGACUUCUCGGAGUUAUGGCGGAAGCGUGGUAACGCAACAUGGCUCGGCAUUUUCUUCACAGUGGUGGCGAUUGGCGCGUUCUUCGCUGAUAUUGCCACGGACCUGAAAGUUGCAGCAGACCAUUUCAGAGCUGGUAGCAACUGGUGGGGAAGUUUCACGGUUAUGUUCGUGCUGCUUCCAUCUAUUAUCAUAAACCUGGUAUCUUUCUUUUGGUACAAAGAAGAUGAAAAGAUUGGAAGACGACCAAAAAGUGGCUGGAAAGUGGUCAGAUUAACGCAUUUCCUUUUAGUAGGGCCCAUAGAGAGGUACUGGAGAAUUCUUGUUAAAUCGUAUCGAAUAAAACGGAAGAAAGAAGAACGAGUUGUUGAUCACAAGAUAUUGAUAGCAAUGAAUCUCGACAGUGGCAUGCUGCAAAUGAUUUUAGCCUUUACAGAAGAUGCACCUCAACUUGUUUUGCAACUGUAUGUCCUUGUCUCGCGUAAAAUCCUUAACGCUUUUGAAGCAACAAGUGUCCGAGACUUGUGGACCAUCCUAUCCAUUUGUUUUUCCUUCGUUUCCUACUCCAGAGCAGUUGUUAACUACAUCAGCUGCCUCCGUGACUCAAAACGCCAUAAAGGCCAGUUACGCUGGUACGGUUACCUAUCCAUGUGGUUAUGGAGAGCUUUCAUGAUUAUUUCUCGAAUACUUACGCUCGUUUUCUUCGCAACAGAGUUUAAGCAAUGGUUUUUCAUUGCUCUUUCUAUUCACUUCGUCAUUGUCCUGGGGUUUCUUAUUCGUCAAGAGCUUUAUUUUUUUCCAGGGUCCAAAUGGAAGCAGCAUUUUUUCCGUGCACUCAUGUCUUACAUUCAUUUGUUUUGCUUCUUUUGCCUGGAAGGCGUGCGUACCAUACCUUGGGCAAAAAAGUACUACAUCUUGACUUUUGUCGAAAAUCUGAUCUUCUCAGUUCUCUGGUACACAAACGGAACCAGACAUUUACCACCUCAAGUAGAGUUGGCAGGGUUUAUUUGCAUUUACGUGUUUUUCUCUGUAGGACUUUUCAUGAUGACAGUUUACUAUAAGUUUUUGCAUCCUCGAUUCAAUCAGCCUCGAUUCUCCUUAGCUGCUCCUUUGGAGUCAGAGCUUGCAGAUAAAGAUCCCAAACAUGGGCCGAUCAAAAACCAAGAACAACGCUUUGAACUUUGGAUUUAAAUAACUAAACGAAGUUAAUAUUUAAAGAAAUUUUGAAGGUUAUUCCGCAAUCAGUGUAGAGUGCAGAGAAGUGGUGGCCGAACUGUUAGGGUAUGUGGCUCCUGCUAGGAAAAGUCAGACUUCGAACUCGGCUGGGGUAAUGAGUCCUGUGCUCCUGGGCAAAGCACCUAAAUCUCCCUCCACCCAAGAAGUGUACACGAAAACUGGUAGACAUUCGGCAAAAGCUCAUCGAAUUCUGAGGGGUAACCCUGCGAAGGAGUACCAUCUUAUUAGAGGGGAACUAGCGAAGGUAAUUCAUGCUUUGAAGUCCGGAAGAAAAUUCGGCGUUGUAUACUGUUGGGCUUGUGUGAAACCAAGCAUAUAGGACACCACAUGUCCUCAACAUGUCUAAGAAUAAUCAGAGCAGUAAGCAUAACACGUCAAAACUUACUUUAUUUUGAAGAAA